CACCAUCACCACACCAUGGCCCUCCACUCGCACACUCUGCUGGCGGCUGCUGUUUUGUUCUGUGGCUUAGCUUUCACUCUUGCUCUGCCGGGCGAUAUGCCACGAUGGUGCCGCUGCCCCCGCACCACCGGCAGCUUCAUCAGCCCCAGGCACUACAAGAAGCUGGAGAUCAUCACCCCAGGGGCCUACUGCCGCCAGACUGAGAUCAUAAUCACCCUGAAAAGUAACAAGACGGUCUGUGUAGCACCUGAAACUGACUGGAUCAACAAAGUUAUCCGCAUGAUGCAAAGAAAGGAAGAUGCCAGAAGCACUGAGAGAUCUCCAAUUACCUUGGCUGAGGAUGGAGGCGAAAGACUUUGAUGCACUGUUGACUGCCACACCGCAAUAGGAAAUGAAUCCAUGCAAAACAAGAAACAUAUUAAGUUAAUAUGUAAUGUUUAUGUUUUGUAGAGGACAUAGUAUAUGUUUAUUUUUUAUUUUUAUCUUUUGCAUUACAUGUUUUGAUACACAUAUCAUGUGAAAACCUGUUCUGAAUUGUGAAAGAAAAUAAAUAAACUUAAGG